AUGACGACCACAUUGGCUACCACGGAGGUUGGCCUUACCCUCCAACUGGGACACGAGGAUCAAUCGUCAGAGACCGAUCAAACCCCGCCUGAUGCAAUCCCACGGGCAACAGUGGAGGAGUGGUUUGAAACCAGUAAACGCUCGCUCUCUCAAUUUGAGGAGCUGGAAAGCCGGACCCAGAAAGUUGUGGAUGCCCAUAGCUUUGACUGGCAAGAUGCCUUACGAGACAUCUCUCACAGUCUCUUCGAAGAGAUGCAGAUGCUAAGGGAAAUGAACAGGUCGCUGGCCACGCUACUUGACGGACCGCGAAAGGAGAACGAAGACGAUAGAGGCGAGGAACAGGAGGAUGAGCAGAAGGAGUCAGACAAAGACGAGGAAGAAGAUACCGCGGAAAUGGAGAUUUCUGUGGCACAGAUCCGUCAUCUGCCUUGGGCCGAAGUGGCCCUAUUCAGGCCUCCGCCCCCCAGGCGGUUUGCCAUUGAGGUUCCGUACAAUGAGCCGUCGGCUGGCGAUGUCCAGCAGCUUCGUGCCGGUUGGGCCUCUGAUAUGGAAUUACCCAUCCCCGCCGGAGAAGUCACAGACCGUUUGCCGCUGAACACCAUGCCUGAACGAAUUCGCCUCAAUUGUCAUCGGCUAAAGAGCUUUCUUGAUUAUCAGUUCUGCGGCGGGGAGCUGCCCUACAAUGGUCAGACCCCCCUGUCAAUUCUCCGACCAUUCAAACUACUGCUCUAUCUGGACAAGCCAAUUCGGUCUAAGGUGGCGGAGUUCGAAGCGAUUCGGAAAGAACUGCAGGACUCAUCCGAAGAGGAGUAUAUACAAGCUCUUCAUGAUUCUCCGGUGACAGACACGAGUUAUACGAAAGAUAAUAUAUCAGAGCUCGGGGUCCUGGAGCUGACGGCUCUAAUUAUGGAUUGUCGCUGCUUGGUGCAGUUCAUGGACGAUACCCUCCGUCCAGCACAAACGCACCUGGCCGCUGCUCCAGACAUGAUACGCUUCGUUGACCUCUGGUUCGUCUUUGCUCAAGGUUCUCUGGUCUACAUCAAAGGUAGCAGCCCUCCCCAGAAGAUUUGGAAGGUGGUGCAACGGACCGGCGGCCGUCGAAUCCUGGAGACCUCGGAGCAGUUCAAUGACGAAAAAAGCAUUGGUAGCUGGACUCCCCUCGUGUUAGACUGCUUCUAUCUGGACUUCGACGGCGUUCGAUUUAUUCCCGUCUUCCGUCAGUUCGAAAUCAGUGGUUUUGAUGGCGUCCAGGCCGCCAAGUCGCUCCCCGUCCUUCCGCUCCCGGUCGCUGAGCGGGAAGGGUUUACGGACCGGGCGCACCUAAUGGCCCGGGGAAAGCAAUUCGUCGACUGCACCCAAAAAGUUUUGCAUCUGGAUUACAGUGGCCGAUGUCACUACUUGGACCCCUCUGGUCGCAAACUGACCGACUUGGUCGACAAGACCCCCCGGAGCGCCUCCUGCUACUCGGAACAGAUCGAUAGCGAUGUGAUUGUGGACUUCACCCGUGCCUUGGGGGAAAUCCCCUGGUGGCGCCCCGUGACGGUGGAUCAUACCUUUGGGGAAACCUCAGCGUCUGAGACAGACACAACGCUCGGGACGGAGAAGGAUGGGACCUGGGAUAAGCGGUUUACGGAUGACUUUAUGGACGCCCAGAACCGCAUGUGGGACUCCUGGGCCAAGACUGGAGGCGGGCCAACUGGCGAUGAUCUGAUGAUUCUGCCCGACCGGGUUUUUGCCUUCGUGCUGUCGACCAGACGAUGGGGAGAGACCAAAAAAGACAACCCUUGGUUGAAACUACGCCUUCCAGAUGGCCACAAGGAUCUGGUGCAGUCCUUGAUCCACUCGCACUUUGCCAAACAGAAAUCUGGAGGUGUUCACUUUGACUUGUUGAGAAACAAAGGGAAUGGAGUAACGAUCCUAUUACAUGGGGUCCCGGGCGUCGGGAAAACGUCGACAGCUGAGUGCGCGGCAAUAAGUAACGGCAGACCUCUACUCCCUGUAACAUGUGGUGAUCUUGGACUUACUGCAGGCGAAGUGGAGGAGAAGCUCAAGGAAGUCUUUCGUCUCGCCCAGGACUGGGGCUGCAUCAUGCUCCUGGAUGAAGCGGAUGUGUUCCUGGCUCAACGCCGGGCAUAUGACGUGGAGAGAAAUGCGCUGGUGUCUGUUUUCCUCCGCACCCUGGAGUACUACGAGGGGAUCUUAUUCCUCACCACCAACCGGGUCGGAGUCUUCGAUGAAGCCUUCAAGUCCCGGAUCCACAUGUCACUGUAUUACCCGCCGCUGAACUGGCCGCAAACCUACGAAAUCUGGUCCAGUCACAUCGACGUGGCGAACGAGGCCGGGGUCGUUGCUGACAAAGGGGAGUUGACCAGCCUCGCGAAUGAAAUCUUCUACGCGCAAGCCCGCCCGGGAUCAGGCCCUGUUUGGAACGGCCGGCAGAUCCGCAAUGCCUUCCAGAGUGCCCUCGCGCUGGCCGCAUUUCACACGGAGAAGGGGGCCCAGAUCGAGCUCCGGAGAAAUUAUUUUGUCAAUGUCUUCACGGUCUCCGAUAAUUUCAGCAGAUAUAUCUGGACGACCCAGAACAGGCAAGACGACGCGGAACGCAAUCGAGGCUCGAUGGUGCGACGAGACGACUAUGUUUAUGAUGGAUCGGGGGUGCUCAAUCUGCAGCCUCCUCAGCAAUUGACUGCUGGGUUGCAGCCUCUAUACGCGCCAGGAGGCAUACAGUUCACACCUUCGCCAUUUGGGAACUCGAACCAACCACAAAUGGGGAGUUUGAGCGGCGGUGGGCAGCCUUAUCCAGGCGACCCCCGCAAUCUCCAGACCAGUAUUCAGGCCCCUCCAGUUGUGCCCCUGGGUCAGCCCUCCAUUCUGCAAUUGCAACAACCUAGCCCACAACUGACACUCCCUGCUCAAAUCAACCUGCCGAGCAACAAUGGCCUGAAAGACAAUUAUACCCUACAACACUUGCUCCAGCAGCAGCAGCAGCAGCAACAACAACAACAGCAACAACAACAACAACAAAUAUCAAAUCCACAACUGACAGUGCAACCGCAAAUCAGCCUACCUAGCAACAACAGCAUUGCCGACAAUUAUACCUUGCAACAAUUGCAACAACAGCAGUUGCAACAGUGGCAGCAACAGCAACAGCAACAGCAACAGCACAUCCCUCGAUCCGAGGUUCAGGCAUCGCAGAACCCGACCACUACACCAGAGUCUGGACUACCGUCUCUCGGCCAGAAUUUCAAUCAGCCUUUGCCAAACAUGCCACGAUAG